AUGCGUGCGAUACUCUCUGGAGCAGCGGUUCUUCUCGGGCUUGCUGGAACAACUGCUGCGCAGUUGCGUGCCUCGGCUUACACCGAUCCGCAGACCGGCAUCAACUUCCAGCGUUACAAGCCCGACUCUUAUCCCUUCAGCUUCGGUAUCGCCGUCCCCGAAACUAUCGGCACCGACUUCAUCGGUCAGAUGGUCGUCCCCAUCUCGGAGACGGGCAACUGGGGUAGUGUGUCGUUGGACGGAGGCAUGUUGAACAGUCUGCUAUUCGUGGCCUGGGCCGAUGGCAAGGACAUCAGGACGAGCUUCCGUGUCGCUAGCGCCUACGCCAACCCCACCGUCUACGACGAGACCAAAGUCGGCGCGGUUCCCAUCGCCAACGGUACCUUUAGCCCUAUCUUGGGCUGGGCUUACUCCAACGACAGCCCUUCCCCCGCCUCCGACCCCGGAGCUACUCUCAACUACCACUCUGCUGGCUUCGGUCAGUUUGGUCUCGACAUUGCUCAAGCCAAGUCUGCAAAGUUCCAGACAUGGUCUAAAUACGCCAAGGCUGUUGAGGAUUCGCCUGUCCCCGGCAGCGGCACGGCUACUCCUGCUGCUGGCAACAGAACCAUCCCUGCUCCCACCACCGCCAAUACCACCUACGAUGUGAUUGUCGUGGGUGGUGGACCAGCUGGUAUCAUAGCUGCGGAGCGUCUCGCUGAGAAGAGCGUUAGCGUUCUCCUUAUCGAGCGCGGUGCUGCAAACACCGUUUCCCUCGGCUCCAAAUUGGCACUGCCCUGGAACAAUACCCUCACCCCCUACGAUGUUCCCGGUCUCGCUGACACCUUAACUACCUUGUCCGGUGUCUCGUUCUGCAGUGACACUGCCUCCACUGCUGGCUGUGUCUUGGGAGGAACCAGCUCCGUCAACGGACUCAACUUCAUCCACCCCCCUGAGCGCGAUUUUGAACGCUGGCCCGCGGGUUGGAACUGGAAGGACAUCUCCGCUGCCGCCUCCCGCCUCUAUGAGCGUAACCCCGGCACCACGAGUCCCUCCAGCGACAAGAAGUACUACGAUGACCUCACCUUCAAUGUCUUGUCCCGUCUACUGCAGGCUAAGGGCUGGACUCAGGUUGACUCCAUCGCGUCCCCGAACGAAAAAGACGCCGUAUUCUCUCGCCCUUCGUUUUCCAUCAAGAACCGCCUUCGCGCCGGCCCCGCUCGCACUUACAUGUCCUUUGCCCAGGAGCUGCCCAACUUCACCCUCAAGCUCGAGACCAAGGUGAUUCAGGUCAUCCGCACCGGCAGCAAGGUCACUGGCGUGCUCGUCCAGGCCGCCGACGGCAGCACACAGAUUAUCAAGCUCAACCAGGGCGGCAAGAUCGUCCUCGCCGCCGGUGCCCUGUCUACUCCUCGUGUCCUUUGGAACUCUGGAAUCGGCCGUUCGGAUGCUCUGGAGAUUGUCAAGUCCUGCGCUGCUACCACUGGCGUCACCCUGCGCGAUAAGGCCGACUGGAUCGAUCUCCCCGUUGGCCACAGUCUCCGGGACCACGCCCAGAUCCUGCUGAAGUUUAACUCCAAGACCAACUUCACUGCCUACCCCUUCUCCGACAUCGCUUCUAGCCCCAUCAAGUCCGACUUGGAGCUCUACCAGCGCGGCUCCGGCCCCAUCGCCCAGGGAGAUCAGCGCAUCCACCUUUGGACCAGUGCCAAGGGUGCCGACGGCCGUACUCGCUACCUUCAGGGUUCCGCCAGCGCCAUGGUCGACGGUGUCUUCUACCUACGCACUUUCCUGACCCACGGCACGUCCAGCGUCGGUGAGCUCAGCAUCACUGCCUCCGGCAACACCCUCCUCAAGACUAAGCCGUGGCUUGUCGAUGCCGAGGAUCGCAAGACCAUGUCCAACUUCAUCCAGUACUGGCUCGACCUCGCUAGCGGCGCCAACUCAACCAUCAGCUAUGUCACCCCCGGCGCUACUCCUGCAGACAUCAUCGACACCAAGAUCAUCAGUGGUGACCACUGGGUAGGCAGUACCAAGAUGGGCACCGACGACGGUCGCAAGAACAACGGAACCGCUGUCGUCGACCUUAACGCCAAGGUUUACGGCACCGACAACCUUUUCGUCGUCGAUGCCUCCAUCCACCCCGAUCUCCCGACUGGCAACACCCAGUCCAUCAUUAUGAUCGCAGCUGAGCAUGCAGCCGAGAAGAUCGGUGCCGGCACGGUGCCCGGCUCCACCCCAGACGCCCCGAAGAACUCCGGUGGAUGUGCCAAACGCUCCACCCGCCGGGCCAUGCGAUCUAGACGCAGUGCCCGCCUGCACUAG